GGACUCCGUGUGGGCUGGGGAGCAAUGGCUUCAGUGGAAGCGGAGUUGUGAUUCAGAGAGACCUUUACUCAGUGGAUACUCUACAGAGAAGCUGUAGAUCCAUCUCUCUGUGAACCAGCUUUGUCUCUGGUCAUUGGGAUCCUCUAUGUGCAGUACCCCGAGAGAGGGAAUCCCUCUGAUUUGCAUAUGCGGUGGCCACCUGUUUGGCAGUUGGUGGAGUUACAAGUUUUAGAAGGGUGAGGCAGUGUGGAGGAGCCAGGGGAUAUGUCCAGCAGCGAGGUGCAGCAGAAUGGGUCCUGUGAUCGAAUGAAGUCAGAAACAGGAGGACUGGGCAACAUGAGCAGCCGCCUACGAGUCGGAAAGAAUGGUCUAGAGGAAAGCAGCACCCCACAUGGGUCUGUCACUGGCAGCAAUGGACUAGCACUCAGCAAACAGCUUGACGGACUGCCCCCACGCAGGGCCACUGUGAGCUCUUUAACCGGACAUGCUGCCAAGUCACUCCCAUCUCCUGCCGAGGCUCUGGCCCGCUACCCUGACAUAGUCAGGAGGUCUAUCAGAGAGACCAGAGUGGAGAUUCAGAGUAAGACCACCACAGACCAGGAACCUUUGCCACCUGUGCCUGUAUACAGAGCAUGGAAGACCAUGGCCAAGUCGGCUUCUGGCCAGAACACACUGAAGUUUUUACACAAAGAAUCAAAAAAGAGUUGUAAUGAUGAGAGUGGGCAUGAGCUGGAACUGAGGAAAUCGCAGCAGAUGGCCCCAUCCCAGCAGCAGCUAUCUCAGAGCCAGAACGGCAUGAACAGUGGCUCUGCUAAGCCACAGACAGCACCUGUGAUUCGAAAGAAGAGGAGGAAAAUGGGGACAUACAGCUUUGGCCCCAAGAAAAAAUCCAAAGGGCUGAAGCAAUGCUCCCUAAUGGAGAUCUUCAGUAACAUCUCUCAGACCAGCGCAACAACUCAGAAAGAGAGCCCAUAUGUGAAUGGGAAUAUAGGGAGAAACGACUCUGAGGAGGAGUCUGAGGGCGGCAGGCUGUCCGAUGAUGGAGAGCAGAAGGAGGAACAUGUAGGAGCUGGUGGAGAGGAGAGGAGCACUGCUACCCAGGAAGCCAGGACAGGGGAUAGCAGUACCCUUCAGGCUGAGUUUGGGAAAGGACAAAGAUCAGAUGAAUCAACUGAAGACUGCAAUGAAACAGGAGACCUCUUAGAUCUGCAGAACUCAGAGGUGGUGCUGAAGGACAGUCUGAAGACAAAGGGAAAGGGUGACAACCCCUGGGUCAGAUCCCCCAGGAAACGCAAAGGAAACACAAAGUCUAAGGCUGAUGCGAUAGCUGUCUUCGAAUCAAAAGAGGCUGAAACUCACAUCCAAGCUCUUAGAAAUAAGGAAUACACUGAACUGCCCCUGGAUUCACUGGAUCUAAAAACACAGGAGGAGCUGUUUUUGUCCCAACACACAGAUGUGUCCUGUAACUUGGAAGGCGUGGAGACUGAUUUGGUUCAUGAGCUGCCUCUGUGUAGCUGCCGCAUGGAGGCACCCAGGAGCCGUGAAAUUCUCAUGAUGGCAGACAGGAAGUGCAUGGCCACAGAAAGCACAGACGGGCAGCUUAUUUGCUGUCAGAGUAAUGUAGUCAAGCAUGAGAUGAUGCGACCCUCCAACAAAGUCCAGCUCAUGGUUUUGUGUGAAGACCACCGUGCUGGGAUGGUCAAGCAUCAGUGCUGCCCUGGCUGUGGAUUCUUCUGUAGAGCAGGCACAUUCAUGGAGUGCCAGCCUGACAGCAAUAUCUCACACCGCUUCCACCGGGCCUGUGCUUCCUCCAUGAACGGUCAGAGCUUUUGCCCCCACUGUGGGGAAGAGUCCAGCAAAGCUAAAGAGGUCACCGUGGCCAAAGCUGACACCACCUCUAGGAUGUUGUCCACCCCGAGCCCAGAAGCAGUGUCCUCCUCUGAGGGCAAGGCUGACACCACAUCUGGAGGCCUGCUUCACCUUGGAAUACGCAGUGAAAAAGCAGAUGGCUCUUUGCCCAGGAGCUUGGACACAUCACACACAGUUUCUCCCAGUGGGUCAAACAUGGGCCCUGCAGCUGUUGCUUUGGGAAUGGAAGCAGCCAAAGAAAAUCUGGAGACUAUUCUCAUGUCUUUGGAUGCUGAAAAACCUAAGAAGCUCAGGUUUCACCCGAAGCAGCUGUAUAUCUCUUCAAAGCUGGGAGAGCUCCAGAAGGUCAUACUGAUGCUGGUUGAUGGAAUAGAUCCCAACUUCAAGAUGGAAAGCCAGAGAAAGCGCACACCCCUACAUGCAGCUGCAGAAUCAGGGCAUCGAGAGAUCUGCCAUAUGCUGGUUCAGGCUGGUGCCAACCUGGAUGCGUGUGACGAUGACCAGCGAACACCUUUAAUGGAGGCCUGCGAGAGCAGUCACUUGGAAACGGUCGAGUACCUGCUGAGGGCUGGAGCUAUCAUCAAGCACAAGGAUGCGGAUGGUUCUACUUGUUUACACCUGGCUGCUAAAAAAGGUCAUUACAACGUAGUGGAAUACCUCCUUUCCACUGGACUGAUCAGCAUCAACUGUCAGGAUGAUGGUGGCUGGACCCCAUUGAUCUGGGCUACAGAGUACAAGCACAAAGAGCAGGUCAAGCUGUUGCUCUCUCGAGGGGCCGACGUGAACAUCAGAGACAAGGAAGAGAAUAUCUGCCUCCACUGGGCUGCAUUUUCUGGUUGCAUGGAGAUCGCCCACAUUCUCCUUGAUGCCAAAUGUGAUCUCCAUGCAGUCAAUGUCCAUGGGGACUCGCCCCUGCACGUUGCUGCACGGGAGAAUCAGCUGGACUGUGUAGAGUUAUUUCUGUCACGUGGGGCAGAUGUGAAGUUGAAGAACCAUGAAGGGCAGACCCCUUUGGAGUGCGCUAGCCAGAGCUCCAAGGUAUGGGCAGCCCUGCAAACUAACAGGAAGUUGAAGGAGGCUGGAAGCAUUCUGGGACAGCAGUGGGAGAAGCUCCUCAGCAGGGAUAUCUCACGGGGAUACGAGAAGAUCCCAAUCCCGUGUGUGAAUGGGGUGGAUUGUGAGCCCUGUCCGGACAACUACAGAUACGUCCCGGAAAAUUGUGUCACCACCCCUCUGCACAUUGACAAGAACAUCACACACUUACAGUACUGCACGUGUAAAGAUGAAUGCUCAUCUGCCAGCUGUAUGUGCGGCCAGCUCAGCCUGCACUGCUGGUACGACAAGGAAGGGUGUCUGCUCCGGGAAUUCUGCCGGGAGGAGCCCCCCCUUAUCUUUGAGUGCAAUCAUGCCUGCUCCUGCUGGAGGACUUGCAAGAACCGCGUACUACAGAAUGGGCUGCGGGUCCGACUGCAGCUCUUCCGUACCCGAAAGAUGGGCUGGGGAGUGAAGGCGCUGCAGGAUAUUCCCGAGGGUACCUUUGUGUGCGAGUACAUAGGAGAGAUUAUUUCUGAUGCUGACGCAGAUAUCAGAGAAGAUGAUUCCUACCUAUUCAAUUUGGACAAUAAGGUGGGUGACGUGUACUGUGUUGAUGCCCGAUUCUAUGGCAACGUCAGCAGGUUCAUUAACCACAUGUGUGAACCCAACCUGUUUCCUGUCCGGGUGUUCACCACACACCAGGAUUUGAGGUUCCCCCACGUUGCCUUCUUUGCCAGCAAACUAAUCCGUGCAGGAGAUGAACUAGGGUUUGACUAUGGUGACCACUUCUGGGAGAUCAAAAGCAGGUACUUCAGCUGCCAGUGUGGUUCACCUAAGUGCAGGCAUUCCCUAGCCACUGUGGCUCAGAGGCAGACCAACAGCAUGCCCGGGAGCCAAGGACCCAGUACGCUGCCUGACACCAACUCUUGCAUGGUGCCAUCCAGCCCCAGCUGAGGAACUCAUACUCUAACAGGGCUCAAUCAGGCCCUGCACAAGACGGGUUGGACCUCUACCAGUCCCUCCACACAUCUUGCCUUUUGCUACACUUGCCAUCCAGGUUCUCCAUGGAUGUGUGAUGUGCACUAGUAUCGCUGACAGUGACAGAUUUCUGGUGCCCCCCCACGGAUCACAGCCUGUGACGUCAUCUGCUCUUAGUCUUUUCAGAGUGAGAAGGCUACACUUUUAUUCUUAUUUUGCUUAUUUGAAUUUACUUCCGCAAUUUAUUCAAAAGAUGUUUUUUUCACUAUCAUUCCUGCUGGAAAUUACUGGAUGACAAAGUAUUUUUUUAAUGAACAGAAAUGAAAUUUCACUGCAUUUUUUUUUUUUUUUUUUUAAAUCCACUGUCACACUUUCCCAAAUUAUUGCUGUAGUUCAAGGGUAUUUUUAAAAAUACAUCUUCCAUAAAUUUUGCCAUUGACAUGUAUGGAAACUGUUUUGACUAUCAACAGUUGAUGCAAGUCACAUACAGUGCUGUGAAAAAGUAUUUACCCCAUCCUGACUUCUUUUGUUUUUGUGCAUAUCUCAUGCUAAAUAGUUUUAGCUUUUCAAACGAAAUACAACAUAAAACAAAGGCAACCUGAGUAAACACAGAAUACAGUUUUGAGCUUUUAUUUUUUUAUUGAAGCAAAAAAAAAAGCUUUCCAGCACCUACCACCCAUGUGAAAAACUAAUUGCCCCCCUAAAAUCUGGUUGUGCCACCUUUAGCAGCAAUAACUGCAACCUUAUGCUUCCGAUAACUGGAGCUUAGUCUUUUGACCCAUUCUUUUUUUGCAGAACUGCUUUAGUUCAGCCACACUCGAGGGUUUUUGAGCAAGGACUGCCUGUUUAAGGUCCUGGCACAGCAUCUCAAUUGGAUUCAAGUCAGGGCUUUGACUAGGCCACUCCAGAACUUUAAUUUUGCU